UUUAUUUUUCUCUGUUCAGUAUAAAAGCAUAGCUGAGGUAAAUGAAUCAGCACUUAAACAUAUGGAAUCUGCCUACGAGAAUUUAGGAAUUGAGGCUGAUAAAGUUAGAAAAUCACUUGAAGCAGAAGUCCAAUCUCUUAGAGAGCGGAUUAAUGAACUUGAAAGGGAAUGUAAUCUGAAGACUGAGGAAGCAGCUACUGCAAAUGCUGGGAAAGAAGAAGCUCUUGUGGUUGCUUUAUCUGAAACCGCUAGUCUGAAGGAGGAUUGCGCUAAUAAAAUGUCCCAAGUUGUGGUGAUGGAAGCUCAAAUCUCUGCCUUGAAAGAUGAUUUGGAGAAUGAGCAUCAAAGAUGGCGUUCUUCUCAAGCCAAUUAUGAAAGACAGGUUGUUCUACAGUCAGAAACAAUUCAGGAGUUAAUGAAAACAUCACAAGCCUUGGCUUCAGCACAAGAGGAAACAUCUGAGCUCCGUAAAGUGGCAGAUGCACGCAAAAAUGAAAAUAAUGAGCUGAAGGCCAAAUGGGAAGCUGAAAAAUUAUUUCUAGAAGCAUCUAAAAACGAAGCAGAUAAGAAAUAUGGUGAAGUUAAUGAACUGAACAAGAUGUUGCACAUUCGGAUUGAGGCCUUGCUUAUCAAAUUAGCUGAGAAGGAUCGAGGAAUGGCUUCUGGGAGCACAUCUCAAACAUUGGGUAAUGAGGACGGAUUGCAAGAUGUUGUAAGUUAUCUGCAGCGGUCAAAGGAAAUUGCAGAAACGGAAAUAUCUCUGUUUAAACAGGAGAAGCUUCGACUGCAAUCACAGUUAGAGAGUGCUCUAAAGGCAGCAGAGUCGGCGCAAGCAUCACUUCAUGCAGAACGGGCAAUAUCUCAGGCAUCACUGUUCACUGAGGAAGACUUCAAGUCUCUUCAACUUCAGGUGAGAGAACUGACCUUGCUUCGAGAGAGUAAUGUGCAGCUUCGGGAAGAAAACCGACAUAAUUUCGAAGAAUGCCAGAAACUUCGUGAAGGAGCCCAAAAAGUCAGGACUGAAAUCGAGAAUCUGGAGAGACUUCUUAACGACAGGGACAAAGAGGCAGAAGCUUAUAAAAAGGAAAUUGAACAGCAGAAGAUUGAGAAAGAACAUCUUGAGAAGAGAAUUGUUGAGUUGCUGGAGAAGAAUGAGGAUGUCGAUGAUAUUCAUCGCAUGAGAGAAUCUUUUGAGCAGAUGCAAGUGACUGUAAGAGAUAAGGAUGCACAGUUGGAGGAAAUUAGGAAACUUGUAUCUGAGAAGCAAGAUGUGAUAUCCCAUUUAGAGCAAGACCUUGCUAGGAGCAAAACAGAGUUGGAUGAGAGAGAGUGCAGAAUCAAUGAAAUCUUGCAAGCCGAGGCUUCUUUGAAAUCAGAAGUUGAAAGAUUUAAGAGAUCAAAUGUUCAACUGAGGAGGAAGUUGGACAGCUUGUCAAAGGAAAAGGAGGAACUGAGCAAAGAGAUUCAAUUACUUCAAAAACAAUUGGAAGAUGCCAAAAAGGUGAAAAGGAAUGUAGGGGAUGCUGCAGGUGAACAGGCAAUGAAGGAAAAAGAGAGAGAGAAAGACACAAGAAUACAGAUUCUUGAGAAAACAUUGGAGAGGCAUAGAGAGGAUUUGAAGAAGGAGAAAGAAGAUCGUAAUAAAGAGAAGGAAAAUUUUCAGAAGAGCCGAAAGAUAAUUCUUGAAUCUUAUGAGUGUGUCACUCAGCAGAGGGGGAAGCUUGUAGACGAGCUGGACAAGCAUAAGCAGGCUCUGAAGACACUCCAUGAUGAAGUGGAGAAACUAAGCAAUUCCAGAGAUAGUCAAUCUGAGUCUACGUCAGUGGUUCAACGUUUUACUGGCACUCUGUUGGAGGAUUUUUCUGCUGCGUAUUUCCUGGCUGUAGAAAAUUUUGAGCGAGUUGCACUGCCGGUUCGCAUUGAGCUUGAAGAUUCCACUUCUACCAAUCCUUCUGCUCUGGAUACUUCAUCAGCUACAAUUGUGCAAACAGGCCCUGCAAUUACCCAAAAUAUUUUACCAUCUCCUGCUGCUGCAAACGUUCCUGCAGCAAAAACAGUUGAAGAAAGGGAGAAACAAUUUACUUCCCCAAAGAUAAAUGUUAAAACAGGGAGGAAACUGGUCCGUCCAAGUAUUACAAAGCCUAAAGAACCUCAAGGUGAUGCAGAGAUGUCAGAAGCUGACGAGUCUAACAAUGGUUCCAAGCAGUCGUCUUCCCAAAAUAUAGAAACUCAAGGAAAUCUGAUUGUACCAAUACCAUCACUUGUUCGCAAGCGUCCAUCAACUUCGCUUUCUUCUGACUUGCAAGAGGAUGUGCUGGCUCCAGAGAAAACUAGCUCUGAUAUGAUUGCACCUGUGCCCAAAAAGUCUAAAGGUGUAGAGACCCAAAAAGAAGGUAGUGAAGAACAGUCUAUGGCUACUUUGAAAGUUCCUCAAGUUUCACCUCCGUCUGAAGAAUCGCCUGAGGACAUUGAAAAUGUUCAUCAAGAUAUCAAGGAGGAAACUGUAGGCACGGAAAGGGAUGAAUUAGCAACUGCAGGGGAGGAAGUUGUAGAGCCAACAGCUGAUGGAAAGAAUCAUGCUGAAUUACAGACUGACACUAACGAUGCAGCAGAAGAAAAUUUGGAUAAACCAAGUGAAGCUGUAGUGUCAGAUGAACAAUUGAGAUAUCAGAUUGAGCAAGACAUCCAUCAUAUAGAAACAGAAUCUGAGAACGACAGGGAAGAGGGAGAGCUGGUCGCUGGUGAUGGAGAUACUGAGGGCAAUGCUAUUAAUUCUAAUGCAACGAGGGGACCAGCAAUUGGGGAGUUUGAACCUGAGCAAGCAACGCCCGAGAAUUCUCCAGCAGCUGAUGAUGAACCCUUGGACGUUGAUCCUUCCCAUGUUCUGGAUGAAGAAAAGAAUGAUAGCGGCGAAUUAAACGAGGACAUUGUUGAAAGUUCAGAUAAGAAUGAUGACGAAACCGAUCAGGUCACUGGAGAUGCUAAUACAGCUGGUCAGGAAGCAACUAGCAGUGCUGUUGAAACUGGGGCUCCAGAACAAGGUGGUUCUAUUGUCACCGGUGUCGUGGAAGGACAACAGACAUCCCCUGUUACUAGCCGCAACUCAACAACCAUCAAUUGGCAAGAGAGAGCUAGGGCGAGGGCAUCUAUUAGACAGGCUGGUAUGCUUUCUCCUUCGCCGGGUAGAGCUCGUGGAAGAGGCAGAGCAACGAGGGCUCGUGGUGCUCGAGGUGGUCGUGCAGGACGUGGACAAGCACCUGGUUAACAGGGGCAGGAUCUAAUUGAUAAGAUGAUGUUGCCUGAUUUUUCUUGGGACGUCUUGGUUUUUAUGUGCUUUUGCUGAAUCUACUGAUGGAUGUACUUGGUUGGGAUACCGUACCAGAACCAGACAAUUAAGGAGCUUUUGUUUUUCUUACGAGGGGAAGUUAUUAUACUCCCAUUGAAUCAAAAAAACUGUACAAGAAAUUGUAAGGGUAACAUUGCUUCUGUUCUUUAAAGUUUUAAUGGCACAUGGAUACGGCAUGGUAACUGGAAAAUUGAAUUAAAAGCUUUUAUUAAAUAUAUUGAAUAUGUUUAGUUGCAUGCAA